AUGGAAGAAGAGUUUACCGGCAAUUUAGGGUAUAAUGGACUUGAACUGUCAUUCAAUUAUUUCACUUUCCCACCCGAUGUUUCAACAAUUGCAAACUCAGAACUCGUGGUGAUCUUUAAAUCAUUGGCUAAAAAAGAUUCAAAGACAAAGGAGAAGGCUUUGAACGAACUAUUAGUCUAUAUUGGAGAACAUGACAAUCAGAAUUAUUUUGACGACCUGGCAAUUAUUUGCUGGGUAAAACAGUAUCCCAAAAUAGCCAUCGACAAUGAAAAAUCUGUGCGAUUACUUGCACAUCAGGUACAAGGUGCUUUUUUAAAAGGAUUGGGCAAGGCUUACUCGCGAUUCUUAAAAAGCACGAUGCCAAUUUGGCUUAUGGGGAUAUACGACCAGGACAAAAGCGUACUGUCAGGUGCUUAUAAACUGCUUUUGGACAGUUUUCUGGGAGACGCAUCAAAGGUUGAGAAAACAUGGCAAGUAUUCCAAGAACCAUUGGUUAAUCUCAUCGGUUCAGUCGUUACCGUUGAAAGCCCCGAGACUUUAGCAGAUGCAAGGUAUACAAGCGAAUCAGAUAUGCAGAUCAAAUACGAUCGAGUACUAUCUGCUUCGAUUUUGUUGCUUUUAAAAGUUUUGUCUGGAAAACCAUCAUCAGUAGAUGCCAUAUUACAGCUGGACACGAUGUGGAAGAAGCUUAGUAGUAGUGCAAGUGGCGAAUCAAUGAAUCUAUCGUUAUUCCGAACUAUUUUGACCUUGAUUGCCAAACUUUUUACAAUUCUGAGUGACAAAACAAGCUCGGAUAUAGAUUCAGUAGCCGUUGAUUCCAUUGCAGAUCUCAACUCGGUGUACAAAAAGGUGUGCAAGGCGAUUUUGAAAGUGAAAUUUGGCGCUGAUGUUCAGUCGAUUGUGUACUCUACCGUCAUUAUAUCAUUUUGGCAUGCUCUUUUCAUUCUCACUCGUUAUGGUUUCGAACACAAGACAAAGAAAAACCUUUGGGAGAUUGGAAGUAAAGCAUCAUCUAGACUACAGGACUAUAUUGAACUCGGUCCAUGUGAUCUGGACCCAAGUUACUAUACGCUAAUUAUAAGACUAUUUACCGACAUGAAGAAAUAUGAAAUUAAAAUCAUCGAGGACCUUGGCACAACUUGUGUCAAGAGUUUACUCCAUCCAUAUAACAGACUUCGUGACACAUUCAAACCAGUUUGUCUUGAUGCAGCUUUGCAGCUUAUCGAGGUAUUUGGCAUUUCAAACACUUCCUUGGUCAAAGAGAUUGCCAACAAUGCAGUAUUAGGUCUUUCCAAUGCCAAAAGAGAAAACACGAGAAUCGAGUUUACAUCUAUUUUCAAAAAUCAUGGUGAUUUACUAACUGAAGCAAUCAAAUCAAUUGCAGGUGAUGUCACGCACCAAAUUUUACAUUUGAAUUUAAAUUCGAAUACAAAUGGAAACGAAAAUGCAAACGGAAGUGAGAUGGCUGUACCACCGUUGGAAACACCAACUUCCUUGAUCAUUGCAUUACUUACAGUUUGUAAUAUUCUUAAUUUAAACCAAGUAAGCAAUGAACUCGUUGACGCGGUGGUUGCAAAUAACAAGAUCCAACAAUCCAAAGUAUCAACCAUUGUUACAGCAUAUGUUGAAACAAAUGAAAAUGUUACUCCUGCAGUUGAGCAAUAUAUCAGUAAAAUUUCUGAAAUCAUUGGCCAAGAUGCAUCUGAGAACAGCAUUUAUUUGCUCAAGGCGACACAGCAAUCUCAAAAUUUAAAUAAUGAAAGCCAGAUGACUGACUUAAUUAACGAAUCGUUUAAUCAACUCACACUUUGUCAACCACAGUUGAGAAACAAUUUCAUUAGAAUCAUGAAUGUCGACAUGGAUAAAGACCUGUACCCUAGAAUCUAUGAAUAUGUCAAGGAAAAUACGGCGGAAAGAAUUGACAACAAAUAUGUCGACAGAAUAUUUGAAUUGGGAGAUGAGGAAAUUUUGCAGAACUUGAUUAAAGAUUUAAACGAAUCAUCGAUGAGUUUAUUUUUGACCAGUGCUUCGAAGCAAGAAUACCUUGAUCGUAUUAUUAAUUUGAAAAUAAACAAUGUUUUACACCUGGCAUGGACAAACUUGCUGAAGCCAUUUUUACAAUCCUUGUCCAAAUAUGGUGAUGUCUAUUUUGAGUCCUUGCUCAAUUUUAUACGUGAUAAUUCAUUGCAAACAAACUGGAAGAAACUUGUGGAUUUGGUUGAGACAAGUCCAUUUCUAUAUGAUAGGUUUGAACAAGAACUUAGAAAGCUGAUAAACAAGUUGUCUGUAAAUGAAGUAUCAAUAUCAAAUGCUUUGGGACUGGCUAUUUACAUCAGUAAACACGGAAGUGCAUCACUUGAGAAGGAACUUGUUUCUUUAGCGCGGUUUGUUGUAAUAUUAUAUCAACAAAGAGAAAAUACACAAGAACAAGACCUGGUAGGAGAAAACUCUAGAAAAUGGAGGAAAUUGAGUUUGAUUGCCAGUGAAUACAUCUCGGACUAUUUAUUCACACAAAGUUUGGACUUUAAAGAUGAAAAUGCUUUAUUUGAAACCCUUAAAUUAAGACCAGAUUUCCAAAUUUCACUUUGCGAGUUAGCUGAAAAAUUUGUAACAAUAGAAGAGGGCAUGGCGAACGAUUUGGAUUUGUUUGAAUUCUACUACGCAAGAAGUUUGGCAAAAGCAAUUGAAAAUGCUUGCGAAAACGCAAAUUUGACAGCUUUCGAGUCCUUAAACAUCAACUACCAAAAACUCGUAAAACAGCCUUUCAAAUUCGUUGCCCUCGUUACCGGAACUCGUCGGUUUUUGUCAUCGCUGUCUUUUGAUAGAGUACGAAACUAUGUGUUUUCAGAAAUCUUAUCAGUUCGAGCCGAAGAGGAUAUUUUGCAAAAUGGUUUAAAGUGGAUGUCGUUACUUUUACCUCUUCAGGAUUAUGGAUAUAAGGGCGACUUGUAUGCUGGAGUAAAACUAAACAUGGUAUUGGGAAAAUUACAAUCAUGGCUUGAUUCUUCGAUAAGCUAUGAUGAGGACUUUAUUGAUAUGAGAAUUCAAAUGAUGAGGUUUUUGAGCCAGUUGCCUAGUAUUCAGCAAACAUUGCCUGAUGCAUAUGAUGAAAUAACUAUGAGGUUGAUCGAGGAGAAUUUUGAAAUGGCAAACGAUAGGAUCGAUCUCAAAUAUUACACCUUGAAAUCGUAUUUAGCAUUGACAAGGACAAAUGUGAGUUUGGAUGUCCCAAACGAGACAUUAAUGUCUUUAUUGCUCACAAGCUCUGAGCUGAAAAAGACUCAAGUUCAAAAUUUGGUAGAAGGAGUUCUAGAAAGGGUGAUUCUUAGUGUUAAAUUUGGAACAAAGAAAUUACUUGAGCAUAAGGACUCACUUUUCAAGUUACUUUUGAAUUCUCAAUCGACAAUAAUUAUCAGAUUAGCAGCUUUUUACCUUUCGAUCGUGUUGGAGAGUGAAAAAGACGAUUUUGUGAUUGAAUAUCAAUUAUCGGAGAAUGGUGAUAAGGAUAAAGAGUCUGAUGACAACAGCAUUAAAAAAUUGAAGCCAACACUUCCAGCCCCAUUGAUGCAAGUAGCAAACAAGUUUAGCGUUGAGAGUGAACUUGAGAGUUUGCGUUUCCUUCUUAGCUGGCUUUUGAUUUCCAAUUACCUCAAUAAUGUUACUAUAUCGAUUCGAAAUGCGUACUUGAAUGAGUUGCUUUCGAGUAAAAAUUUUCAAACAAUUUUGUUUUACAUUUUUGAUCAUAUAGAAAUGAGCACUCAAUUUUUGGAUUCACUCACCAAAGACUCAAUAACAACAAAUGAUGUUGUCGGUAUUCACAAAACUGAACCAAUAGAUACCGAGUUGAAGUUGCUUGCUUUGCAGGUUUAUUUCCGAUUGCUAAAACAUUCAGGUUUUCAAGUACAGCUAUGGUUCCAGGAGAUCAGAGAUAAACAAUUGCAAGCUAAAGUACAGAAGGUUACUACAAAGCAUUUGUCGCCAUUUUUGAUCAACGAAAUUUUGGAAAAAGUUGCUGCUGAGAAGGAUCUGAUACAAAGCAAGCAGGACAAUUUAACAAUCAAGGUUAAUCUCGUUGCUAGUGAGGUAAAGACAAUGUAUAUUGUAGAUGAUCAAAGAUUGGAGAUGGUGAUUAAAAUACCCAAGCUGUAUCCACUUGAAAAUGUAUCCAUUGAUGGCCCAUCAAGGGUUGGCGUGAAAGAAAAUAGGUGGAAGGCAUGGUUGCUUGCCUCACAGAAAAUUAUCUCGAUUCAAAAUGGAUCCGUUGUGGAUGCCAUUGAAUUGUUUUGCAAAAAUAUCAACUUGCACUUUUCUGGAUUUGAAGAUUGUGCAAUUUGCUACUCCAUUCUUCAUCAAGAUAUGUCUUUACCAUCAAAGACAUGCCAAACUUGUAAUAACAAGUUUCACGCUGCAUGUUUGUACAAGUGGUUCAAGAGUUCAGGUAAUUCUACAUGCCCACUUUGUCGUUCGGGAUUCAACUUCAAAUCUAGAAACUAA